GAGGCCAGAGGGAAGAAAGAGAGAGGGAGAGAGAGAGAGAGAGAGAGAGAGAGAGUGUAUAAGGGAGCAGAAAAUAGUUAUUAACGGCCAAACAAAGCGGUUCUGUGUCUCCACUUUGUUCUUCGUCACGCCCACGUUUAUUCAGACACACACACACACACACACACACACACAUAUAUAUAUGCAUAUGCAUGUUUAGCUUAUCAAUUCAGCGAAUCAAAUAUACUACGCGACCAAUUCAUUUGGCAACUACAAUUGCCCCAACUGUUAUUUAAUAAAAGAAACAACCAAAAAAGAAAGAAGAAAAUGGAGGCGAAAGCUAAUGGUCCGGUUAGAUACCGGUCGGAGUCUUCGGGUCGGGUUGAUCCUACGACUAACCCGAUGAUAACGCCUCUAUUAACGGAUCUCUAUCAGUUUACCAUGGCUUAUGCUUACUGGAAAGCCGGAAAACAUCAAGAGCGAGCUGUGUUUGAUUUAUAUUUUAGGAAGAAUCCAUUCGGUGGUGAGUAUACAGUAUUUGCUGGAUUAGACGAAUGCAUUAGGUUUGUUGCUAAUUUCAAGUUCACCGAAGAUGAGAUUUCAUUUCUACGCCAAACUUUGCCUUCUUGCGAGGAUGGCUUCUGCGAUUAUCUUAGAGGACUUGACUGCUCUGAAGUUGAACUGUAUGCUGUUUCAGAGGGCUCAGUUGUCUUUCCAAAGGUUCCUCUACUAAGAAUUGAAGGCCCAAUUGCUGUGGUUCAAUUGCUGGAAACUCCAUUACUCAAUCUUGUUAAUUUUGCAUCACUAGUGGCAACAAAUGCAGCGAGGCAUCGAUCUGUUGCUGGAAAAUCAAAAUUACUACUAGAGUUUGGGCUUCGGCGGGCUCAGGGACCUGAUGGUGGAAUAAGUGCAUCAAAGUACAGCUAUCUUGGAGGAUUUGAUGCAACAAGCAAUGUUGCAGCUGGGAGGUUAUUUGGGAUACCUCUACGUGGAACACAUUCCCAUGCUUUUGUUAGUUCAUACAUGGGCCUUGAUGAGAUUGUAGACAAAACACUCCAGAGCUCUGAUGGCUCCAGUAGCUGUGAGGAUUUUGUCAGUCUGGUCCAGACAUGGUUGAGCAAAAUUCAGUGGUCAAAAUCAUUGCGUGGUGUUUUUGGUGAGACCAAUCAAAGUGAGCUCUCAGCUUUCACCUCAUACGCCCUGGCCUUCCCCAACAAUUUUCUGGCCCUUGUAGACACAUACGAUGUCAUGCGGAGCGGAAUCCCCAACUUUUGUGCUGUUGCCCUAGCACUCAAUGAUCUGGGCUACAAAGCAGUAGGCAUUAGACUGGACUCUGGUGACCUAGCAUAUUUAUCAUCUGAGGUCCGGAAGUUCUUUUGUGCCAUUGAGAAGGAAUUUGGAGUGCCUGGUUUUGGAAAGACAAGUAUUACUGCUAGCAAUGAUCUCAAUGAGGAAACUUUAGAUGCUUUAAACAAGCAGGGUCAUGAAGUGGAUGCAUUUGGAAUAGGCACCUAUCUUGUCACUUGCUAUGCUCAAGCUGCUUUGGGCUGCGUCUUCAAGCUUGUUGAGAUCAACAAUCAGCCUCGUAUCAAACUUUCAGAAGAUGUUUCGAAGGUCUCUAUACCAUGUAAAAAGCGCUGUUACAGAUUAUAUGGCAGAGAGGGAUACCCUCUGGUGGACAUCAUGACGGGGGAAAAUGAACCAUCCCCGAAGGUGGGAGAACGGAUACUCUGUCGUCAUCCUUUUAAUGAAUCUAAGAGAGCAUAUGUGGUUCCACAGAAGGUUGAGGAGCUUUUGAAGUGUUAUUGGCCUAGGAACACAGGUAAAGCAAGAGAAGAUUUGCCUCCUCUUAAGGACAUCAGAGAGCGUUGUAUCAAGCAGCUCGAGCAAAUGCGGCCUGAUCAUAUGAGGAGGCUGAACCCAACACCUUAUAAAGUGAGUGUUAGUGCAAAACUGUACGACUUCAUCCAUUUUCUAUGGCUCAAUGAGGCGCCUGUUGGGGAGUUGCAAUAAGGAUCAGAAGAAGUAUUGCUUGAAGCAGUGUACAAAAUGCAGGUCAGGUAAUGAUUCCAAAAAAAUUGGAGGAGCUUCUUCAAAUAGUCAGCACUCACUCAGCGCAUAUAUAAGUUUCUAUACAUAAAGUUUACCACAUUUUGGGUUUUGAGGAACUAUUUAUUACCUUAAUAAUUAAUAAAAAUAAGUGGCUGUUCUUCCUUUUGUUCCAAA